GCAUUUGAGGAAGUGAAGCUGAAGAGGUGGGUUGAUGAGAGGUGGUUGGAUUAACCGGUGAAUUCGCCGCGGAUUCCGAAGGAUUCUGCAUGGUGGUCUGAUCUUCUGAUAGGUUUGGCAGAGACGAAGCAGACAGAAUGUGCUGAUGAGGUCCAGGUGAUAGUGAUUAGUAAUCGGGUGAGAAAGAGCGUGUGAAUGACUGAGUGGGCGGAGUGAGGGAAUGAGUGGAGGGAGAUGGUGAUGGUAUCCUGACAGUAUUAUUUUAAUGGAAUCGUUUAAAAUUAUUUAUUAGUCAUGAUAUAUCGCUAUGCAAAACUACGAUAUAGUAAAGCUGUGCCUGUGACGAUAUUUUAUGGUAUGACGUCUGUUUAAUUAUAUUGGUUGAGCUGGCAAGACGUGCCUGCUUUAGCAUUUAUACUGUUUUUAAUGUGUUCAGCAACAGGCCUAUUUAAUUGUUUUACUGACAUUAAGAAGGUUCAGUUAUACCUUGAAUGUUGGCAUUGAUGUCAUUGAAUGUUUAAUGUUGUGGAAAUAUAUCUGUUUGAAUUUCAGUACAAUUUGUUAAAAUAUUUUUCAUAAUCUCCUGAUACUAUAAUAAUGGUAUUGUUGAUUGUAUCUAAUCGUGAGUUUUUGUCAGUAAAGUGUGUGAACACAAUCUACUGCCGCAAUAAACGGAUGGAGUGAUGUUGUGAUCCUCAAGGUGUCGCUGUAACUCCACUGAUGGACACGUAAGUUUAAUGGCGUUCCUGAAGAACACGGGCAAGGUUUUCCAAAAAAAUAUGAGUUCAUUCAAAACAGAGUUUAUGAGGACAACAGAUAAAUUCUCCCAUCGAAGACAAGACAUGUAACAAGUGUUUUCCUUCCCCUCUCAACAGGUUUAAUUUAUCUUUGGCCAAACCCAGAUACAAUGGCAGCCGAAACACAGGACCAAUCCAGACCCAAAAAAACGGAGGUGCAGCUGUACACAGUCGGCAUCGAUCUGCUCGUCUCGCUCUCUCUUGUGCCGGUGUUUAUCCUGCAGUGUGUGGAGUCUGAUUUUAUUCUUCACAUUCCAGUUAAAUGUGGAGAUCUCAGUCUGGCUGUACUGAUACUGUGACAACUUUAAGAACUCCAGGUGCAGGAUGAUGGGUCUCGGCGCCGGUGGUCUUCAGGUUCUGGUGGUUCUUUUGUUUUCCUGCUUCGGCUCAACAGCGGAGACUCUUGUUACUGUCCGGAAAGUCACUCACCCUCCUUUGCGACAGCCUUUAGCGGGCUCAGCUCUCCUCCCAUGUGUGUUCACCCUGUCUCCUGACCUCUCUCAAGAUAAUAGCCCGUAUAUUCACUGGACCCGAGGCUCAGGAGAUCGGGAGAGGACGGUUCUGUCCGCCCGGGACGGGGUGGUAAGGGUACACCAGGCGUACGCGGGACGGGUCAAUCUACCCGGAUACUCUGCCAACCCUCUGAACGCAUCACUGGAACUGUCCUACCUGCGCUCCAAUGAUUCCGGCACCUUCCGCUGUCACAUCUCCGUGGGAGACAAAUAUGAGCAAGAUACGGUGAACCUGGAAAUCACAGGUGUUGUGUUUCAUUACCGAUCGCCGACGGACCGAUAUUCCCUCUCCUAUGAGGAUGCGGUCAGGGCGUGCGAGCAAAAUUCGGGUCACAUUGCCACCCCGGAGCAGCUGUGGGCGGCGUUUCACUCGGGCAUGAACAGUUGCGCAGCCGGCUGGCUGAAAGAUCAGACUGUCAGGUAUCCCACUCAGAGACCCGAGCUCGGUUGCUAUGGACACACAGAAUAUUCUCGUGGAGUGAGGAAUUAUGGGAUACGGGACCCUUCUGAAUUGUUUGAUGUGUACUGUUUCGCCAAUGAGACGCGCGGUGAGGUGAUUCCUGUCUCUGUUCCUGAUAAACUGACUUACUCUGAGGCGGCGGCUCACUGUCAGGUGUUGGGCGGCACGCUGGCGACUGUCGGGCAGCUUUAUCUGUCCUGGACAUCUGGACUGGAGCACUGUGGGGGCGGUUGGUUGGCUGAUGGGAGCGUGAGGUCGUCUGUCAGUUCAGGGUGUUCGGGUGCUGAACCUGGCGUCCGAAUCGUUACACCAGCAGAGCUGAUCGAUGAAGCCGCACGCUUCGAUGCUUACUGCUAUCAAAAGACAAAAUCACAGAAGGCCCACACCAGCAUUGUAAAGUCUCUGCUGAAGCCGUGGAGGUACAUGACCGGCGACGUGGACGAUUCACAGCAGAAUCCAAAAUCUUCCUCUGUCAAACACACCUCCAGUGGAGAGCAGGAGCUGUCUGACCUUCACCCUUGUAACUGGACUGGACAGGUGGAUUUGGACAAAGAGCUCCAUGUGGCUGCCGAGCCCCCCGAGCUUUCCGCAGAGUAUCUGACGGUUCGUCUGAGAGCCGAAGACACGUCUCUGGACUGGAGCGGCCAGUUGGACUCAUUCCCGGACGGCAAACAGACGAUCCCCGGCCUGGCGUCAGAUCUUGUUUCGGAGAGUCCCGGUGGAUCAGCCCGCGAGGAAGAAGAUGAAGAGGAAGGUCUGUCGGGUCAGUCCGUCACUCCUGCACCCUCCUUAGAGACCACGCAGGGAAAGGCCAAGAGUUCCUUCAGUAAUAUCAUCAGCACUUUGUGGAAACCCUGGAGUUACCUGAAAGGAAGUGAGACGGUGAUGACGUCCAAGAGCACAGCUGCCACAAAAACUCUGAAGACGAACAUCAAACCUACGGCUUCCGGCUCAGAGUUGAUGUCAUGGUGGAGCAGCUCAUGGCUCUCUGGACCUUCAUCAGUCACUGACAAAUCAGUCAUAUCCCAUCAACCCGUGACCUCAUCAGUGCCUGUGAAUGUCACCGAAGAUGGAUCCGACUUCAGCCGGCCCGCUCAGACUAGACAGAAUGCUCCAGUGACACGGGAAGAAUGGGUUCUGGUGACAGAGAUGCCCGGGCGUAAAGCAGAAAUCCCUGUCAACAACUCUGAGACGGAGGAAGAUGUGCAGGUCUCUCGAUCCACUGAACCCGUGCAACGCCUGUCACUGACGGAGAGCUUCUCCGGAGAGAGCCGAGGCUCUGAGAUCGAGGGAAGCUCGGGGGGUGAUAUGUACAUGCUUUCUCAGACGUUCACAAUGGUGACGUUGAGUACCUCAUCGCUCACAGAGAGGAGUGCCACAACCUUGCUCAACCGGGACGAUGCGAUGGAGGCCCGUGGGGAAAUUCAGUACAGACGAAGAAAUAAAUCCAGAAGACCAAGUCACAGUACCACAGAGAUGGCAACAACAGUCACCCAGAGCACAACUGUGUCUUCUGGCAGUGAAAAUAGAGGAACAACCAUCACAAUAUCUCCAGAUGAGUCUCAGAUGGCAACACCGGGUGUCAGCAUCACUGAGAAAGAUUUCAGGAUGACGGACAAAGAUCUUAAGGUCACGGAGAAAGAUCUCAGCGUCACAGCUAAAGAUCUCAACGUGACGGACAAAGAUCUUAAGGUCACAGAAAAUGAUCUCAGUGUCACAGCAAAAGAUGUCAGCAUGACGGAGAAAGAUCUCAACGUCUUAGAGAAAGAUCUCACCAUGACAGACAAAAAUAUUAGCAUCACAGAGAAAGAUCUCAACAUCACCGGAAAAAAUAUCAGCGACACUGAAAAAGAUCUCAGCGUCACUGAAAAAGAUCUCAGCGUCACUGAAAAAGAUUUCAGCGUCACUGAAAAAGAUCUCAGCGUCACUGAAAAAGAUCUCCGCGUCACGGAGAAAGAUCUCCACACAACGGAGAAAUAUUUCAACAUCACAGAGACCAUCAUGAACAACGGUUCCACUGGACAAACGGGCGUUGACAGAUGCAGUUGUCUUCAUGGGGGAACGUGUCUUCCACACGGAGAGGGUUUCAGAUGUUUAUGUCCGCAGGCAUACUCUGGAGAGAGCUGUGAAAUCGAUGUGGACGACUGUCAGUCCAACCCCUGUGAGAAUGGAGGCACCUGCAUUGAUAAAGAAGAUUCAUUUGUGUGUCUGUGUUUGCCAAGUUACAGUGGAGACAGAUGUGAGAGAGACACAGAGGGUUGUGAACACAGCUGGAAGAAGUUUCACGGCCACUGUUACCGGCUCUUUCCUCGCAGACACACGUGGGAGGAUUCAGAGAAGGACUGUAGAGAACACAGCAGUCAUCUGACCAGCAUCACAUCAUCCAUGGAGCAGGACUUUCUCAAUGGUUUAGGCCAUGAGAACGUUUGGAUCGGACUCAAUGAUCGAACAGUGGAAGAGGAUUUCCAGUGGACCGAUGGAUUAGAUGUUGCAUACGAGAACUGGCGUGAGAAUCAGCCGGAUAAUUUCUUCGCGGGAGGAGAGGACUGCACGGUCAUGAUCUCCAGAGAGGAGGGCAAAUGGAACGACGUGCCAUGCAACUACAAUCUGCCCUACAUCUGCAAGAAGGGAACGGUGAUGUGCGGCACACCUCCCGCGGUAGACAACACUUAUCUGGUGGGUCGCAGACGGUCACAUUAUGACAUCCACACUGUGGCUCGGUAUCAGUGUGAUGAUGGAUUCUUUCAGAGACACGUACCGACCGUCCGCUGCCGACCCAACGGAACCUGGGAGAGACCCAAGAUCCUCUGUACCAAGUCACGACGAUCCCACCGCUACCGCCGGCAGCACCACAGAUCUCACCGUGAGCAUCUGCGACAUAGGAGACACGGCUCUAGUAACAGGGGGCGGGAUUAAACCAGAAGUGAAGAGAAUCCCCUCUGACCCCUGCGACAUCAGUUCCUCCGUUGGAGGAAAGAAAACCGUGAUGGACAGAAACAAUCGCUUCUCUAUUGUACUCCUUUUUUUAGACCACAGUUUACUCUGUGAUUUUACUUUUUUACUACCGUUAACGUUUAUAGGUUUCAUUAACUGUCUGUUUUUGGAAUGUUCUUUACUAACAACACUUCUUCAUCUCAAGGGCCCUCAGAAGGUCACUUGUCACAUGUUGAGCUGCAGGUUGAUCUGAUGUUAGUCUGGAUCUGUAGGAUGUUGGUGUUAUGAUUUGUUUUUGAAGGAUUGGGUCUCUGACAUUCUUACCAGAUGGUGUCACAAAAAGAAACAAUCUUACUCGACAAUUAAGCCUUUGAAUGUUCUUAAAGGUUGACAUCAGAUUACGGCUUCCACAAAUUACUUGUGAUCAGAACAUUAAAACACGGCCACUGCUUAGAAAGCUUGUGUUGUUGUUAUUGGAUUUAGAUGUAUGUUUUAAAAUCAAGUCACACGACAUUGUGUUUUUAUGAUCUAUCGUUGCUGUCCUUUGUGAUUUCUUAGGUUGUUCCUUCUGUAUUAUUUCAGCACACUUACAUUAACCACUCGCUCAUUUGCAUGUAAAAGCACAGAAAGCAGAAAAAACUCUUACAUUUUUCAUCUUGUUUUGCAAACACAUUGGAUCUGCUAUCCUGUAUGAUUUAAGAUCAGCUAUCUACAAUUAACUGAAUGUUCUACAUUCACAUAAUCUAUAUUAUGGAUUUGGCAACACUGUAAAAACAUUUUCUGACAGAAAUAUAUCGUAAAAUAUAUAUUUUUUUCUUGUAAAAUUAUAGGGUCUUAGGAAAUAUAAUAAAUGUUUUUCCCUUUUUUGUAAAUUUGCUUUCUUUUUCUGUAAUUUACAGUUUAUUUUUUUUAAAAUCUGGAAAAAACUGAAAAAUUCAAUUUUUUAACAAGAAAAAUUCUAACCUAUGAUCUGGCUGUUGCUAUUGCCACGAGGGAUAGCUGAGAUUCCUUUCAUGUUUGUGUUGUUUAAUAAUUUCUAUCUGUCAAGGUUUUGGUUUUUGCUUAUUUUACUUAAUCUUUGCUCUCGGCCUUGAGCUUUUAGAAAAAUAACAGUAUGCAAGGUCUCAUGUUUAUCUGCAGACCCCGCUGAAGUGUGAAGAUGUUGCUGUGAGGGUGUAUUUCACAUGCCUCACUUUAACCCCCCGAGGUCUGUGUGCGUGUGUUUGUGGGGGCUGCUUUAGAAUUCAUACUUGUAUUCAAUGUUUCUCAUGUACAGCUGCUUUGUAACAAUGAAAAUUGUAAAAAGCGCUAUAUAAAUAAAGUUGAGUUGAGUUGAG